AUGUUUGAGUUGUCGUCACUGCUAUCCGCGCCACGGGACAUUUUAGCCGUGCGUGUGCUAAACGAAGACGAUUUUCGCCAGGGUAACUACCGUGACGGUAACGUUCUUCGGUGUCGCGGCAUAAUACGCGAUGUGCAAGACCCCGAGCUGGUGCUAUCAGGCGGCGCAAUACCUGCAUCGACUGAUGGUGAGGCGGUUCGCCAACAGUUUGUGGAGCGAGUUCCAUUGACUGUCACUCUUUUUCCUCACACCAGUGACUGGGCAACUUACGCUUAUUAUAACAGUUCGAAGGUUGACAAGUUGGUCAAGAAUGAUAGCGAAAAUGAGUGUAAUGCUACUUUUAAGGGUAUAAAGCGUUCUAGUGAAGUUGUGAAUGAUCAGGUGAUCGAUUGUAUAGAGAAAGAUCAGCAGAAAGUGAAUACAAAGAAGUCUAAAGUGGUCGAUGAGCAUGUGGAGGUGGAAGAAGCAUUGGUGAAUUCACAAGCAGUCAAUGUUUAUGUCUACGCUGGUCAGUACAAAGAUAUCUCACUUGACGCUUUUAAGGUAAAUGAAGCCUUCGAAUUCGUUGGAAUCUUGGAUCUAAUGGUUGCAGGCACAGAUACCAAAAUCAAUGACAGCGAGAACGUUUUAAGUACUCAACAGCUCAAGGAGUUGCAGAUCUCGGAAUGUAUAGAUGAGAUGCAACGCAAGGAACGAUCGGGAGUUGUACUCCACUGUUGCCAUGUUAUUGGUUUGCAAAACAUCCAUCACGUGCGCCCUCAUGAAUCGAUUGAGUUUUACCAGCAAAUUGACGAAUCGAAUGAAACGCGGACUCAAUUUUGCUUGCAAGAGUGGAGUAAACUUGGCUACGAUACUGAUAUUCUUGCAUUACGCACUCAACUUGUACAAUAUUUAGCUCAGGCUGUGCAUGGAGACUCUCUCACGGCGGAAUAUUUGCUAUUAGCGUUGCUCUCACACGUAUAUUCACGUGCCGAUCCGUCAACGCCACUUGGCAAUUUGUCGCUGAAUUUAACACUAGAUAAAUCAUCCACUGAAAAGCAGAAGACUGUUUUUAUCCAUGGCAUCUACAAGAUACUGACAUUGCUUAUGCCAAUGGUAGCACGUGUGGAUUUAUCCAUAACAACUUUGAACUCGACAAAAUUUAUGCCGCAUAAAGACUAUGAGCGAGAAAGAUUAUUAAGUGGUAUCUUGCAAGCGGCGAAUGGCACUAUGAUGCUGCUGAAUGAGACGGUGCUCUCGACAGGACAACUGAACGAGCAAGGGGUAAAGAACUUAGCUGCUUUACAGUCAUUUAUCGAUAAGAUGUUGUUACCAUACGACUUUCGUUUCUACACCAUGGAUUUUCCACAAGAUGUGGCUAUUGUUAUUGUGUCGGAAGGUAAAAGUAUAUUGCCGGCAACUGUAGUUUUACCCGUUGUUGAUACAGACAACACAAACACAAACGAGCAACCAGUGGAAGCGUUAUUGGAGUGUUUUCGCUUAUUUUUGAGCGUUUUACGCUCGUUUGCGGUUACGAUUGGCAACGAGGAAGCAGAUAUGGCCGAGAAACACUACGUAGAGUGCCGCAAGUCGGAGCAAAAAGUUGCGAUUGAAGAUCUUCACCGCUGGUUACGCCUUGCUCGUCUCGUAGCGCUCAGUCGCGGAGAAGGCCAAAUUUCAAAGAAUUCUUGGGAUGCGAUGUUGGCACUGGAAACUCAAAGACUAAGUCGUCUUCCGACUAUGAACUCGAAGUAA